GCGGUAAUAAACACGACAGUAGCUUGCAGACCGCUAACAAAAGAAGAAGAAAGUAAAGGAAAAAUACGACAAGGAAGCUUUUGUUUUAUUUUGUUGUCACCGCGACAGAAUACACGUUUUUUGGAACUAUGUCGUCUUUACAAACUGUUGAGCCAAAUGGACAUAAAGGGAACAGGCUGGCGUGUUCAUUGUACGGAUGUACACGCGUGUAUACAGACGCCACUGCUUUGGAAAGUCAUGUCAGGGACCAUGAAAUCCCAGCUCAGUCUCUAAAUGGUAAAGUGUUCCACUGCUGCACUGCAGGAUGCAGCUGCUCCUUCCCAAACAUGCACAAACUAAUGGAACACACCCGACGUCAUCAUAAACCCAACCUGUUCUUCCAGUGCGAGAACUGCCGCACAAAGCUAAAAUCCUACCGUGGCCUCCUGAGUCACCUCAACACCUGCUCCAAAGUUCCACGGGGGAAAAUCAAGUCAAUGGAGCCGACAUCCCUUCAAGCGGUCGCUUCAACAACUAACCCAAACCCACCUCAGCUGGAGGCGAUGUCCACGCCACACCAACUCACCUCUAACAUCACUGACAAUUCACUGUCUGAUACCACUCUUCCGCCUAUCCUCCUUCCUCAAUGCUCGUUGAACCAAGACACUUUCAGGGUCUCUAGUGGUCUGGGAGAAGAACCCAGGUGAACCUCUCGUCCACUUAAAGCAAACCCACCUCAGACCAAUACUCUAGUAUUUACACCAUUUGUUCUUGAGAGGCCAUUUAUAAACUGUGUGAACAAGAACAUUAAAUGUGUUUUGAAUAAAAUACACAAAAGCCACACUUGUACCAAGCCACAUACUUUCCAGGAAGCUCACCGGAGUAAAAGUGGAAUUUUCUGCGGUCUACGAUACUUGAAAACAUUUACAAGUACAAGUGAAAGAGCAGAAGGGGAGAGGCUAAUGAAGUGGUUCCAAUUAACAAAAAUAAUGAGAAAAGAACAGAGCUAAAUAUUGCAAUCAACAUGUGCUGUAAAUUUAAAAACGAUGUGACAAUACUAUGCUGUAAGGGUGUAACGGUACACAAAAAUUUCGGUUCGGUACGUACCUCGGUUUAGAGGUCACGGUUCGGUUCAUUUUCGGUACAGUAAGAAAACAACAAAAUAUAAAUGUUAUGGUUAUUUAUUUACCGAAAUUUGUAAACAAUGGCUUUAUCCUUUUAACAUUGCUUUAAAAUAGCUCUGUGUGUGAUGGAUGUGAGCCACCACUAGGCUGAUCAGUGCAACAGCAGGCAGUCAUGAAUGCUAAGCAUAACAAUAACAUACAUAUACACACAGGGUCCAUUGCCAGGGUUAAUGCAGUCAACAUAUAUAAAAUAAAAACUAAAUAAGAUAAGGCUCAGAAUUGGUUUCUUAACAAAACCUUUCUACAUAUAAAGUGCAACAUUAAACGGCUUCAAGUUGUUGCUCAGAUUAAAUAAAAUGACAAAACUUUUCUUCUACAUAUAAAAAGUGCAACAUUAAACAGUUUCAAGUCACUCAGCCUCAGAUUAACUUUUCUUCCCCCCCCCCCCCCCCAGCCUUUAGCCCUGGUGACUUUCACUCAAUUUUCAUGUUUUUUGCCAGAAAAAUCAGUUUAUCCACAUUGUCUGCAGAAAGAGCAGACCUGCUUGCAGUUACAAAAUCUCAGUGGGUCAAAAUCUAAUUUUUAAUGCAAUAUGGUCUUAAAUCUGCUGCUAUAAAAACACCAAUGACAUUUGUUGUUGAAGCGAUGUUCACUUGGGUGUGGUGACGCUUCAAAUGGGUUAGCAUGUCUGACGUGUUGUCAGAAGCAUACCCUACAGCUGCUGAACAAUGUCGGCAAACCUCCGUCCUCCAUUGUUGUAUCGCACCGUGAAGCCGACGUAUUCCCAAACGGGAGAUCUUAAUGAGGCAAGAGGGUCUUCCAGCUGUCUUUUACAUGUUGUCGUAGCCCGGUCGUUGCUAGCAUGCCGUGUGUUGUGCCUCGGUGUGCAUUGUUUACACAACGUGCGGUACUCUACUUAAUAUGUCCAUGUGGAAACUCGUUCAGUACACCUCCGAACCGAAACCCCCGUACCGAAACGGUUCAAUACAAAUACACGUACCGUUACACCCUUACUAUGCUGUCAUAACUCACCUCCAGGAGCUACAUUGGCACAAACAACACAGAACUCCAACUUCCCAGUUUUAUAUCCUUUUAAUAA